AUGGCUCUCAGCUUUUUCAGUGGCGGCGGGAGCGCAAGCAAUGCCAAGUACUUCGAUAUCCGGCUAAAUGACGACUACAUCGUGUUCCGAGGUGGUGAAGAUGAAGCCGCCAGCGCCCAUCUCAAGGGCACGUUGGUGCUGUGCUUGUCCGAACCACUGUCGAUCAAGCACUUGCGCCUCCAAUUAACGGGCAUGUCGCGCGUGUGCUGGCAUCUGCCCUCCACCUCGACCGCCGGGGGUCGCAAGUCGUGGCGCGAACGAGUCUUCUACGAGCAGACCUGGCGAUUUCGGGACCCGGGCAAAGGCAAGACCGAGAUCCUGGCGGCGGGCAACUACGAGUAUCCCUUCGAUAUCGUCCUCGAGGGCUCGAUGCCCGAAAGCGUGGAGGGCCUGCAUGAGACAUGGGUGAUGUACCGGUUCAAGGCAGAGAUCGGCAGGAAAUACGCCAAGGACAUCGUGGUUCGCAAGCCACUGCGAAUCAUCCGGACGCUCGAUCCCAGCGCACUGGAGCUGUCGCAUGCAAUGUCUGUCGAAAACAUCUGGCCGAACAAGAUCGAAUACUCCAUCUGCACACCGACCAAGGCGGUCAUUUUCGGAACGUCGAUCCGCGUGGAUUUCAAACUGAUUCCCUUGCUGAAGGGCCUGCGCAUUGGCCAAAUCACGUCGCAGCUGAUCGAGAGCCACGAUCUGACGCUGAACCCGGAAGACCCCGAGGCGAUUCGCAACACCUUCAAAAUCACCAGGACCAUUCUGACCGACGAGGUUGAAUUGGACGAAAAUAACAUAGAAAUCAUCGACGAGGCUGCCGAGGGACACCAGCUCGUGCGAUACCUGGAUAUGCCACAGACCUUGACCCGGUGUCUGCAGGACACAGAUACCAAGGGCAUUAAAAUUCGACACAAGCUCAAGUUCCGCAUUCAAUUACACAACCCGGACGGCCAUGUCAGCGAGCUACGUGCGACACUCCCAGUAUCCAUUUUCAUUUCGCCACAUAUCGCAAUCGAUGAACACAACAACCUCGUGGAGGCAACUCCGCAGGCGGCCCGGAGAGCUGCGGACGAACUGGUUCAGCAUGCGCCUCCCUUAUACGGUGAACACCAGUUCGAUCAACUGUACAGCGAACUGGAUCCCAGCGGCUACCGAACACCCGGCCCUGGUAGUGGUCCAGGCACGCCAUUCGGCCCACUGAGCCGCAAUCUCUCAGCAGAGAACCUCGCCUCCAUGAAUGCCUUGACGACGACAGACAUCUCCGCCUCGGCGCUGCAGAGCCGCCUGGCCAAUCUGAGCACCAAUCCACCCGGACAACCCACGCUCAAUGAGCCGCACGGCUCUCCUCCAGCGGAGGGUGAUGCCGCGCCGCGACGGGUCAAUGCUAAUACGGAUUACUUUGGCGCCAUGUCUGGUGCCAACACGCACAGCCCUGGGAGCCCCGAUCUAUCGCGGAGACCAUCUGACGAAGUCGACCACGACGUUAUCUCCUCCGGCAUGGCGACGCCCUUCCAUCCUCAAUACGCCGAGGUCGAGACCCUGAGCCGGGUGCCCAGUUACUCGACUGCCGUUCGUAGCACCAUUCGGCCGUGCGACACGGGUUUGCCCGACUACAACGCCGUCAUGGCGAGCGAAGUUCCCUCACCGCCCAUGAUCCAGUCUCCGCAGCAGGCUCAUCUGCGCAGUGGCCGGUCAACAGGCACCUCGACCCCCGCGGAGGUGCCUAACCGCUCCCAAUAUUUUGACGCUCACGGCACCGCUGCUGACGACGAGGAACGCCGACUUCGCCUUGUGCAAGCCCGAGCGAGGUAG